UUAUACAGUCACUACCAACCACAUAAUCUACUCCCCUAUCUCUCACACACGCAACCAUGGGGGACCAACGCCGCACCGUGCCAGUGAAGCGCGCGAGGACACCACCGCAACCCAGCCAACGAGCGGGAGGAGGAGGCUUCCUACGCGCCGCCGUCGCCGCGGCUGAGCAGGCAUCGAGGGAGGCCACACGCCGCCGAGCACGAAGUGGAGGCUUGCGCCGCCACCGCCGAGCACGCGAGGAGGAGGCUUCCGACGAAGCCGCCGCCUUUGUCGCCACCGUCGCUGCCGCUGAGCACGCAUCGGGGGAGGCCGAGCGCCGCCGAGCGCCGCCGCCAAGCACGGGGAGGAGGCUUCCGCGGCCACAACUGUUGACGAGAACGCGUCGAGGAGGCUGCGCGCCGCUGAGCUCGAUGAAGAUGCUUCCGUCACCGACGAGGCAUGGAGAGAUGCGCGCGACGACCCAUUCGCCGGCAAGCGCAGGGGAGGCCGCCGACGAGCACGGAGCGGACAGGCUGCCGUCGACGAGCUCUAGGAGGAGGCCGCUGCCGUCAAGGUUGAAGAGGUCGCCGCCGACAAGCAGAUGGAGGCGCUGCGCCGGGGCGGUGGAGGAACGCCGCCUCCGCAGAGCACGCCACGGCAGGUGGUCCUCCUCGAGCUUCGGGGCCGAGCUCCAUCUGCUACGGUAGGGGAGGUCCAGCAGCGGCAUACAACGGGGUUCAGAAGGGGCGGCGAGAGGCGGAUCCAGCAGCGGCGGUGGAGCGCGGUAGGCCGCUGGCCCUGCGGCGCGAGGCGUGAGAAGUCGCCGGCGCGGAGGGCGGGAGGUUGCUCGCCCGCCGGCGCGAGACUGCGAGCUCCACCGGGAGGCCCGCCGGCGCCUGGCUGGAAGGGGCGCGGGACUCCGCCGGCGCUAGGAUGCGCGGGGCGCGGGAAUCCGCCAGCACCAGGCUGCGCGGGACUCCGCCAGCGGGAGGCUGUGACGGGAGCGCUAGUCCGUCAACGUGCGCGAUUGCGCGAAGCUAGGAGAAUACGAUUGUGGGUGAGAUGGUGACGUUUUCGUGAUGGAGGGAAGUAACGUAUGCGGGCGAGGCUAGGGCGUGAGAUGAUAAGGAUGAAUACGUGAGAUGAGCAACUGUGCUAUCCGCGAGUGAGGAAUCUGAAUAUAUUUUUGAUUUGACAUGUUCA